CCAUGGGAAGUUUUAUUUUACCAAAACAAAAACAAAAACCGAUCACUUGACAGAAGCCAGACCUUCCUUUUCCUCCGACCCUAAUAUAGAUCUUGUUCCCGAUCUUCUGCUCACUCUUUUAAACCCUAGAUAAUUUCCAGUCAAUUUCAUCCAUUUUUCAUUGCUGAAUCCCAGCGUGAUCGUAUACCUCCGAAUCAUUGGUCUGUGCUUAUGCAAUGGUGGUCUGCAAAUGCCGAAAGGCGACAAAGUUAUACUGUUUCGUGCAUAAGGUUCCUGUUUGUGGAGAAUGCAUCUGCUCUCAGGAGCACCAGAUAUGUGUGAUACGUACGUACUCAGAAUGGGUAAUAGAUGCAGAGUUUGAGUGGCCUACCAAGUGUUGCGAGUGCCAAGUGGUACUUGGGGAUGGAUCUGUCCCUGAAACCACCCGAUUGGGUUGCUUACAUGUUAUGCAUUCAAAUUGUUUGGUUUCACAUAUCAAAAGCUAUCCUCCUCACACUGCACCAGCUGGAUAUGUCUGUCCUUCAUGUUCUAUUCCGAUAUGGCCUCCUAAGGUUGUCAAAGAUUCAGGUUCUCGUCUUCAUUCACUACUGAAGGAAACUAUUUUGCAGACUGGAAUGGAAAAGAAUUUGUUUGGAAAUCAUCCUGUUUCUUUGCCCUCAACAGAGUCCCACAGUCCUCCACCUGCUUUUUCCUCAGAUCCACUAAUAAAUGUAUCCUCUAAUGGAGGAAUAGAAUACAGCACAAGCUCAUUGCCCUCUCUUGCAAAAGAUGGCAUGAGUGCUACUGACUUAUACUCAGCUUCAGUAGGAGUGCCCUCUAAACCUACGGUGUCAGAGAUAAUGGAAAUAGACAGUCCUAGUUCAGCAGGGAAUUACAUGAAGAACUCAAGCCCUGGUCCUGUUGCCACAACACGAAAGAGUACAGCCCUUUUUGAGAAGCAAAACUCUGAAAUGUCAUAUUAUGCAGAUGAUGAAGAUGGGAAUCUUAAGAAGUAUAACCGAAGAGGUCCACUCCGUCAUAAGUUUAUGAGAGCAUUGCUCCCAUUCUGGUCCAAUGCAUUGCCAACUUUACCAGUGACUGCACCUCCACGUAAGGAUGCAUCUAAUGUAGAUGAUGUCCCAGAGGCUCGAUCACGGCAUCAAAGAUCAACACGGAUGGAUCCAAGAAAAAUCCUUCUCAUCAUAGCACUCAUGGCAUGCAUGGCAACCAUGGGUAUUCUGUAUUACAAAAUUGCACAGCGAGCUCCUGAUGAAGGGCUGCCUGGUGAUGAGCAGUAGUAAUUAUUCGUAUCUAAGAUGUUGAUGGAAUAGGUGAUAUUAUAUCGCUUGCUUCCAGAUAGCCAGAUGACAGUUACUGGUGUUUCUGGUAGAUCUGGCCUGUGUUUGCUCAGCCUUUGAGGUUAGACCUGUUUCUGUUUUUUUGACAAGCACAAGUUGAUAGAAGAAAAACUUCCUUCCCUCUCAUCCUUCUUUUUCACCCUUCCCUUUUGAAAGCUUGAAUAUCAGAAAAAUAUGGUUUCAGCUGGGCCGAUACUGAAUGUUACACAGCAUUUUCAUGGAAAUCUUUUCUCCAUAUCUUUCUUUCCCCCCUCGUUAUCCUUUGUAGUUAAAUUGGAAAGAGUUUGAAGAAAAAAAUAUUUGCUUUUUAACUCUGUUGCUAUGUAAUUAAUUAUCUGCUGUGCUAAUAAACUUUGAUUAAACCGAUGUUCGAAAGACAGUUUUUGUU